AGAAACUAUAUCAUCUCACAACCUCCAGCACUAUUUAAGAGCAGCCUCUUUAAAGAAGAGCAGAACGGCUCCUGCAGUCAUUGAUACGUUUUCCAAAUUUGAACCAUGGUGCCGGUGAUGUUUUUUCGAUUUUGGAUCGCAAUCAAAUCCAUGAUCUCGAGUCUGAUCUCAAACUUCCAUUUGAGAUCAAAUGAAAGGAGCAUCGUUCGAGGAGGAAGAGCCUCGCCCGUGAGCGGGAUCCCGGACACAAAGAAGGAAGAGCGACCUGCUACUACCCCCACCAGCGUCAAUUACCACUUUACGCGCAAGUGCAAUUAUAAAUGCGGAUUCUGUUUCCACACAGCGAAGACGUCUUUCGUCCUGCCUUUGGAGGUGGCAAUGAAAGGACUCACACUUCUGAAGGAAGCAGGUAUGGAGAAGAUCAACUUCUCUGGCGGAGAGCCGUUCCUGCAUGAGAAGGGAGACUUCCUGGGACGGUUGGUCCAGUUCUGCAAAGUGGACCUCCAGCUGCCGAGCGUCAGUGUGGUCAGCAACGGAAGCAUGAUCAAAGAAAACUGGUUCCGGAAGUAUGGCGAGCAUCUGGACAUCUUGGCCGUUUCCUGUGACAGUUUCAACGAGGACACCAAUAAGCUGAUUGGAAGAACUCAGGGCAGAAAGAGCCACCUGGACAACCUGUACAGAGUCAGGGACUGGUGCCGUCAGUACAAAGUGGCGUUCAAGAUCAACUCUGUCAUCAACACGUUUAACAUCGACGAGGACAUGGCCGAGCAAAUCACCCAGCUGAACCCUGUGCGAUGGAAGGUCUUCCAGUGCCUCCUAAUCUUCGGGGAGAACGCGGGGGAGGACGCCUUGCGGGAGGCAGAGAGGUUUGUGAUCAGCCCCGAGGAGUUCCAGGACUUCCUGGAUCGACACAGCAGCGUCACCUGCCUCGUACCCGAGUCCAAUCAGAAGAUGCGUGAUUCAUACCUCAUCCUGGAUGAAUAUAUGCGGUUCCUGGACUGCACGGGGGGCAGGAAGGACCCGUCCAAGUCCAUCCUGGACGUGGGCGUCGGAGAGGCCAUCUGCUUUAGCGGCUUCGAUGAGAAGAUGUUUUUAAAAAGAGGAGGGAAAUAUGUGUGGAGCAAAGCAGACAUGGGCCUGGAGUGGUGAUGGAUAUCACUGUGUUUAGAGAUAGACCGGCCAGCUGUUGUAGUAGCAUUUGCACUUUUCAUGUUUAUUUGUAUAGGCCUGUAUAUUUUACAUAAAUAAAUAUAAAUAAGUAAAUAAAUUAUAAUUAGAAAUGUAUGUAAAAAUAACAAAAACAAUGAUUGAUAUAAACAUAUAUGUAGGAGUUUUUUGUGUAUUAAUAUGUGUUUAAAAAAAAUUAUCUGUAACAAAAGAUUAAUAUACUAUGAA